AUAAUAAUUUUGAAUUUUUGGGUUCAAUCUAACAUAGACUAAACAGGAUUAAAGUCACUAAACUGUCUUUCACUUCUCUAAAACCGUCAAAUUGCCAUAAAUGGCAGUUUCCGAUCACCGACAACAAAACGAUGGCCGAUCUCCAGAACUACCAGAGGUCAUUGUCCUCAAUGCACCGCUAAUUCUCACAAUGUUCGAGGACCAAUUGUCCAGUAAGUUUCAUCUUCUGAAAGCUUUGGACUCAGAGCUUCCUCUGCAUCAGUUCUUGGCCGUCAAUGCCCAAUCUGUGCGGGCUAUGCUCUGCACCGUCAACGGGCCUCCGGUCACCGCCGACAUUCUCCAGCUUCUCCCUUCUCUCAGGCUUAUCGUCACCACCACCGCCGGCAUCAAUCACAUUGAUGUGUCAGAGUGCCGGAGCCGCGGAAUCUCGGUGGCCAAUGCCGGAGAUGUGUUUUCUGCGGAUUGUGCGGACUAUGCGGUCGGAUUGUUGAUUGAUGUACUGAGGAAGAUUUCGGUUGCCGAUCGGUACGUUAGGAAAGGGCAUUGGGCUAAUCUUGGGGAUUUCCCUCUUGGAUCUAAGUUGCGAGGAAAGCGAGUUGGGAUUGUCGGGUUGGGAAGAAUUGGCAUACAAGUUGCCAAAAGGCUUGAGGCCUUUGGCUGCAGCAUCUCAUACAACUCAAGGAAGAAGAAAGACUUUGUUGAAUACCCUUUUUAUGCAAAUGUUUGUGAACUUGCAGCUGAUAUGGAUGUCCUCAUCAUAUGUUGUGCACUAACUGAUCAAACCCGCCACAUGAUCGAUAGAAAGGUCUUGUUGGCACUGGGAAAGGAGGGGGUGAUUGUGAAUAUAGGAAGAGGAGCCAUUGUCAAUGAGAAGGAAAUGGUGGAAUGUUUGGUUCAUGGAGAGAUUGGAGGUGCUGGUUCGGAUGUGUUUGAGAAUGAGCCUGAUGUUCCUAAAGAGCUCUUUGAACUGGAAAAUGUUGUGCUUUCACCACAUUUGGCCAUUUUUUCCCCUGAAUCUUUGGAGGAUUCGCGUGAUCUUGUGAUUGCAAAUUUGGAGGCUUUCUUCUCAAAUAAACCUCUACUCUCUCUGCAGGAUCCCUUUUUUUAAAAACAAUGUAUAAGUGAUCAUUUGACAAUGGAUUCCGUUUUAUGGUAAUGGCCCACAUAAUGGAAGACAGAUAUUAACUAAAUAUAAUUUUAAAUUUUAAAUUGCUAUUUUAUAGCAUUUUUUAUUGGAAUAUCGUUGUUAAAGUUUGACAUUAACAAUGGAAUCUGAACUCAUAUCAAUAUCAAAUUUUAAAAAUUGACAAUGCCAAAAUGGUAUCUACACUGGAGUUGCUCUUGCUGGAAAGCAUUAAUUGUAAGGCACGUCAGUCAUGUGAAAAAAUUAUAUUCUCCUUGCACCGCAUCUAAGU